GGCAAGCUAUGAAGCCGUCGCGAUAAAAAGGCCUGAACAGCAGCCAUGACUGCCACCAACGCACCGCACUUUCCCAGACACACAUAACCAUCAAUUCAGAACCACGUGUUGAGCAUACGCACGCAACCAUGACUACCUCAGACAUACUGCUGUUCAUCAGCAUUCUCACAUCCGCCAUCCAUACAGGCAGCCAGCUCAGCCUCUCCUUCGUCUCCGGGGCGGCUCUCCUAGCGUCCCCCAUGGCCGACGAGGCGACGGUGCUCGCGCAGUUCAGAAUAAUCUUCCGGCGCGGCUUCUUCCUGUGCCCCCCGUUCGCGGCUGUGGCUACGCUUGCCAAUCUCGGCAAUGCGUUGAUCAGCUGGUGGUCUGGUGACGGUGCGAGUAUGGCGCUGCGCUUUUUGCUGGCGGGGCUGUGUACGGCGAGUCUGGUGCCUUUUACGCUGCUGUUCAUUAUUCGUAGCGAGAGUUUGCUGUUGGAGAGGGCGGCUGGGAUGGCGAAGGGGAAGGUGGGAGAGAAGACACUGCCGUCUGCACCGUCGACUAGGGAGUUGAUUGAGGAGUGGGCGAGGCUGAAUUAUUUGAGGACUCUUUUUCCGCUGGUUGGGGCGCUUGUGUCGUAUAGUGCGCGUUAGAAAACGGCAAAUGAUUGUGGCAAUCGAUGACUUCUUGAACAAGCCACGAGAGGAGCAAGGAACAGCUUUCUCUAGCGUGCGUCUAGGGAUAGAUUUGUGGUAUAUGUCGACUUAGAAGUAUAAGAUCAAUUUAACGUGUAGGUGUCUUGAAUGCAAUACCAC